AUGAAUCGAAGGGGUGUGCGGUACGAUAUGCCGUUGGCACAACCACCAGCAGCACCGAACCUGGAGCAACGUGGCAGCCAGUUUGGCUCGACGACUAGUGCUCCCUCGAAUUCGCAAAAGGGCUUUGUUGACAGCUUGACCUCGACGACUGGCGCGAUAGACGAAUGGCUCGGGGAAUUAGGCCAGCCUCUGAAGCCGUACCUUCCGGCAAUCGGGCGUAUCUUGGUGGUUUUGACAUUUAUCGAGGAUGCUGUCCGAAUUAUUACCCAGUGGGGUGAUCAGACCCGCUAUUUGCGCAACUACCGCGGCAUUCCGUACUUUCUCACUGUGUUACUGCUAGCUUCCAACGUGAUCUGCAUGUUUGUUGGCUCGUACUGUGUUAUUUCCAAGCGCUUCCUGCUUUAUGGAACUGGUGCCUUGACGUUCGUGGUUGUUUCGCAGGCCCUAGCCUACGGUCUUCUGCUGGACGUGCAGUUCUUUUCUCGGAACUUGUCAUUGAUCGGCGGCCUCCUGAUGGUCGUCUCAGACGCGUUUGUCCAGGAAAAACGUAGAAUGGGUCUCCCCGGUCUGCCCCAGCUGGAUAACAAAGACCGUGCUCGCUACAUCAAAUUGGCCGGCCGUGUCUUACUGGUCUUUUUGUUCUUGGGCCACCUGGUCCGCACAAAGUGGACCAUCACCUCUUCUUUAUUCAACGUUAUCGCUAUUUCGUGCUGCAUCCUCGUCGCCAUCGGCUACAAAGCCCGACUCUCUGCAUCCCUGCUGAGCAUCGUCCUGUUCUGUCAGAACCUGUGGGAUAACCCGUACUGGAAUCUUGAUCGUAACCACCCUAACCGGGACUUUUUGCGCUACGCCCACUUCCAAACGUUGUCGAUUGUUGGUGGGCUUAUUUUAUUGAUCAAUAUGGGCGCCGGCCGUAUUUCAAUCGAUGAAAAAAAGAAAAUCUAUUAA